UACUAAACAGGGGCAUUGACUUCUGACUGACCUCUAAGAUUCAGCCUCUUGGCUUCUUUCCACCAGUCCAUCUUUUGGAUAUAUUUGGCUGUUUCAGUUCAAGUCUUUCCCACAUGGAGAGACUCAAGCAAUCAAUCUGCGUUAUGAAGUUCUUCCCUAAAACCAAAAGCUUUCUUCACGGUUCAGGGUAUUGUUAGUGCUUAAAUCAGUUUUCUAACAUGUGUUUUACUAUAGGAAGUUAACACAUUCAUUACUACUUGGGGAAAGAUGGAGUUUGGAGCAGACAGAAUUGUCUCUUCUACAUCCAUGUAAUCGCUACUGUUUCGACUACUGGUAGUCCUUGAAAAUCGCCUGUUUUUCCAGACAUUGGGAUUAAUUGGAUUGGUUCGUAUCUCAUAGAGUAAUCUCUUAGUCUCUGGUGAUCCUUAAAUGGCUUAGUAGACCUGCAAUGAAGUAAUUUUAAAUCACUAUUUUAUCUCUGUUUUAUAUUUUUUUAUUUAUUCUCGCUGUCUGGUUUUGGGACUUAAUAUUAUAUGUGAGCUCUGUUGACUGGGCUGAAAUUAUUUCUAUAUGUUCGUUAAAUGUAGGGGCAGGUUUAAAAAUGGUCAUCUAUGCGUUAUGCAGGCUGAAGACUGAAGCACUGUGUUGCUGAUGAUGUUCAGAGUAGAAAGCUUUUCGCUGGGCAGUGCCCAUGGUUCUUCAUUCGGCCUUGGCGUCUGGACUCAGGUCAUGGUGUUAAGACUGGAUUACCAUGCUGUCUGGAGACAGUUCCUCUGAGAGUUAUUUAUGUCCAACCUUCCUUAUUAAAGAAAACAGUGCAACCUGUUAAUGUUUGUCUGAUCUGACUAAACAAAAUAAUGUGCUGCAGGUAGUGCAAACAAUUUGGAAAACCGGGGCGAAAUUUGAUUACCAGUAAACCUUUGACAUACAAGGACUUCCAAAUGGCCUAUCGGUGACAGAGGUGUGAUGGAAUGUCUGGCGGCAAUGGUUGCCAGCAAACAUGUACUUCUAUGUUAAAGCUGUUUUUUAGAUGUUUUGCCAGGCAAGAUGGACUAUGGAACAUCUUCAAUAAAAAUCGUAUUGGAUCGUAAGGGUUGACUGUCAUCUAUACCAGUCCCCUGGAGACACCUGUGUGAAGCAGACCUACCAGAUGCUUUUGGGGGUUUGGGGAAAAAGGUUUUCUGGAGAUGGUCUGGCACUGAUCGCCGCAGCAGUCCUGGAGGAUUUGAUCUGAUUGAAUGCGUGGGGGAGAGUGGAAUAGAGGCGGGAGCAGGGAUUAUUAAAGGCUUAGGGCUUAUAGUGCUCUGCACACUGUGCUUCUCCCUCAGAUGCAGUGAGAGAAAAUGAUAGAUACCUCUUCCACGGCUGCCAGGCUGACGACCAUUAGGUCACCGGAUAGUUUGUAUCUCAGUGAGAGGCUUUAACUUGUUUUAAGUGGGUGAGUCUAAAAGAUAUAAGGUGCCAUGAAGGACCCGUGUCGUGUAUGCAGUGCUCGUCUGGCAGGCAGCCAGUGUCGCUGGAUCUUCAGCUCAUCGGCGCAGAAGAAGUUACAAGUCGUCUUGUCACAUGUGCUGGGCUGGGAGGUGACUCGCGAUGGUCGCGGCGAAUUCCUCUGCGGGAAAUGUGUUUUUCAGUUGGAGAAGGUGGUACAGUGUGAUGUUAAGAUCAACCAGCUGCAGGAGGAUCACAACAUUCAGAUGCAGAAGCUGCAGGCGGAGAAAGGACACCUGACGCAGUGCAUCGUCCAUGUCUACCAAAAAAACAACCCUAGCUUGGACAAGAGCGAUGGGGAGACUCCACCCCGGUCCUGUGGGGUUGGCAGUCCUGAUGAAGGACAGCAGUUAGGGGAGAUUCGACGUGGUCACUUGAAGAAUUGCAUGAGAAGGUGUGUGAGCCUGGAUAGAAUCGUUAGCAGAGGGACAACCUUCGGGCGCUCAAGCCUCAGGAGCAACAGACUCGGAUCAGGGGCAGGGCUUGAUGGCUCUAUGAAGCGCUUUGGUCUCCGAGGACCACGCCACCGUUCACAGAGCAUGUACUUUGACCUGAUCCAACACAAAGGUGUACUGCCUAGACCUGGAUUCAAAGCUCUCUCCGCUUCACUGCAGUCGCUGAAUCAAGACUUUUCCUUAGACCCUUCUCCAGACCCUCCACAAAAAUUCACAGAGGCCAAGGUGUUUGUUGCCAGACGUGAUGGUGCCACUGCUGACCUAGGAGGAAAGGUCCAGGCCAAAGCACUGCUCCGCAGCUCCCCAAGUCAACCGUCUGUGAUCUCUGACUUGAUCCAACUCUUGCGCUGCAUCUCCAAGCAACAGGUCUCUGCCCCUGCUGGGAGCCACAUCCCUGUCCUGAAGAGGUUAAGUACUGGCCACCUCAAACCGGGAGCUGAGCGUAGACACAGAGAGGCCGAAUGGAAGUCUCUUCAUGAACUUACAGAAGAAUUUGAUGAUGAAUAUACUUCUGUCAGUGUGGAGAGCGAGGUUAGCCGAUUGGAGUCUGUAAAUAAGCACCUGAACGAAGAGCUCACACUGACAAAAAGCACCAGUGAGAACCUGUCAAAAACACUGGAGGAUACCCAGAAUCAGUACAAGCAGACCCUGUCGGGGAAGCUGGAAGAGAAGGAGAAUGAACUCGGCUCAGAGAAGAAAAAUGCCUUGAAGCGAGACAAAACAAUCCAGGGGCUGACUCAGGUCCUCAGAGAGAAGGAGAAAGAGAUUGCAGAGCUGUGUCAUGAGAUUGAGGACAGGGAUGAUGCUCUGGCCAAGGCUAGAGAGGUGGCACAUAAAGCCCAACUGCAGAAAUACCAGGGGGCCGAGGAACACCAAAGCCUAUUAAUGGCAAAGCAAACGGAGCUUGCUCAACUCCAGGGAGAACACCAUGGCAAGGUGCUUGAAGCUCAAAAACUGCAGCGUGCUCUGGACAGGAAGGAGCAAGAGCUGGGUGACCUACAACAGGCGAAGGACCAGCUGGAGGUGGAACUGGAGGACCUGCAGCAGCAGAAGAAAAAGGGAGACAAAGCCCUGAAUGAUCUGAACAAUCAGCUGAAGAAGCUCAGCGGUGAGAUCGGGGAGAGGGAGAUUGCUCUGGAGCAGCAGUACCAGGAGCUCCUGGAUCAAACCAACAGAAAAUUGCAGACCCAUGAGGUCACCAUCCAGCGGCUCACAUCCACCCUGGCUGAUAAAGAGCAGCAGCUACAGGAAUACAUUAAUAUGGUCAGAGACUUUGAGCAAAGCCGAAGCCCAGGAGGAAACGAUACUGUGCUUUCCAAGCUGCGGCAAAGACUGAAAGAAAAAGAAAAGGCUCUGGAGCAAGCGCUGGAUGAGAAGUUUGCUGCCAUUGAGGAGAAAGAUGAUGAGAUUCACCAGCUGCAGCUGUCUCUCAGGGAGAAGGAACGAGACCUGGACAGGCUGAAUAACCUGCUCUCUCACAAUGAGGAAACCAUCAAUAGCUUUGAUAGUCUAAUCAAGGAAAAGGAUGUGGAGUUGCAGCAUCUCGCAAACACGUUAAAAAACCUGCAGAGAGCCAAGCAGGACGUAGAAGAUAACCUGAACCGAUCACUGAAGGAGAAGGACUCCAUCAUCAGCCAGCUUCAGCUCUCUCUGGAGGGCAAGACAACGGACAUGGAGGAAAUGGCCAAAUCAAUGCUGAGCCAGUCAGAAACUCAUGCACAUGACCUUGCUGAACAGAUGGGCCAGAGGUUAAAGGUCACAGAGGCCAUGCUGGCUGAGGCUGUGAAGGCCAGGGAAAGGCUGGUUGCUGACAAUGAGAGCGCUGUGGAAGGACUGUUGGCUACAAUUAGCAGCAAGGACCAACUUCUCAAGGAGUCUGCUGAGCACUACAAUCGCAUGCUGUCUGAGCGAACACAAGAGAUUCAGGAACUCAGGAAGCAGCUGUCUGACAGGCAGCAGCUACUCGCCACUGCUGAGAAGCAAAGCUCUAUAAAAGUCCAGGAGGAUUGUUUAGAGACUGCAAAUCUCCGAGCACUGAUUGCUGAAAAAGACAGCCUCGUCACUAAGCUUCUGCAGCAUGGUCAGGAGAGGGACCAUUUUCUUGCAGAGAUGAGACAGAAAGAGGAGCAAGAUCAUGUGUUGGAGCUCAGACAAACCAUCCAAAUCAUGCAGGAGAAGUUGGACGAGAGGGAAGCUGAGCUGUCUAGAAGGAACAGUGAGGAUAAUGUGGAGAACAUUCCACAAUCCAAGAAGACAGUCGUCAUCCUGAAGAAGGAGCUGACACAGAAAACUGAGGCGCUGAACAGAGCCCUGAAGCGGGAGAAUGAACUGAAGAUCUCAGUGGCAGAGCUACAGUCAUUGCUGUCUGAGCUGGAGGGUCGCAUAGAAGGUCAGGCUAUUAACAUUGAGUCGCUGACUGCCACCCUGAAGACCAAGGAUGAGAUUAUCAAUGUUCUUCACCAGCGCCUCGGGCUGAGAGGGGAGAGUGAGGGCGACCAUACCCAGGAUCAGGUCAUUGUCUCUGGCAUUGAAAGAUCCUUCCCCAGGCUCCCGCAAAGGGAGAGAACCAUGAUUGGUGGAGACAGCCAGCAAGAAUCUUUGCCCAACCUCGUAGCUCUGCAACAGGAGCAUGAUACUCUGAACAAAGCCCUGAGAGCUGAACAACAGCUCUACUCUAGCCUGGUCAGGAGCGUGAAAGAGCAGGACAGUGCCCAGCGUCUGCACGCUCUGCAGCUGGAGCUGACAGCGGUGCAGCUCCUCAGGCAGAAGCUCGAGGAGAGCAUCAAAACCAACGAGGAGCUACGGGACGACUUGGAGAGAGAGAUACACAGAGCCAAACUCAGAGAAGGUAUGGACCUCAUUGAUCCUAAAGAACUGGAGAGUAUGAGGCAUCAGCUGGAAGACGCACAGCGCUGGAAUGCGUCUCUGCAGGCUCGAUUAGGAGCAAUCCAGAGCCGUGGAGGAGGGGUCGGUGGAGCCACGGAUGGUGGUGACACUUUGAGUUUCAUCGGCGACCAGACUUCUUACAUGAGUAUUUGUUUUGGGGAGGAGCAGGAUGACAGCUUGUCUCAACUCUCUCCACAAGAGCUCAAGCAGAAGGUGCUGGAUCUGCAGGAUUGUGUUAGCAGAGUGCAGACUUUAAACAACGAGCUGCAGAGCCGACUGUCGGUAUUGGAGAAGUCUGAGCAUGAUGCUUGCAACAAGGGAGACAAAGAUGUUACCAGCCCCGGGAAACAGCAGCUAGGUAAGAUGCAGCCUUUGGCUCACUGUGACGGGAAGCAUCACCCUGGUAGGGACCAAGAAAGCCAGACAGACGUCAGACUAGGACGGAUGCUGUCUGGAACGCUGUGGGGCGAUGAGAGCGUGGACAGUGGCCUUUGCCAGAGUAGAGAGCACGCUCAGUCUGGCAACAACACUUUGGACACUGGAAAGAGAGAUUCUCGGGAGAAGAACAGAGAUGUAAUGGCACUUAAAUCCCUGCUGACUGAUCAUGGGGCUACAUCAGUCUCACACCUUAGAGAGAAGCUGCUAAGACUUAAAUCAGAAAAUGUGGAGCUGCGUGGUCUCUUGAAAGAGCACAAAUCUACUGAGUGUAAAGAAAAAGAGAGCACGGAUGCCUCAGGGAACAGCAGUGACGGACAGGCUGAACUCAGGCAGAGUAUGGAGGCGCUGUCCGUCAAGCUGUCCAAUGAAAAGGGAGAGAGGAACUCGCAACAUGUGUCGGGUGGGGAGACCCUUAUCACAACAGAGGGGAUUGAGAGUCCACAAACUAAAGGCCAGACGCACACCACGGGUGGAAAACACAAUGUCGCCAAGCACGGGGCUGGUGUCAAAUCUCGCCUUCCUGUUCCUGUGAGACUGAGAGUGGAAGCGAGCAGCAGCAGACAGUCUGUUAGACCUGAGCACCUGAGACCUGAAGCACUUCAGCACCUCAAUUCAGAUGAUGUCUAUGGGUCUGACCAGCAGUUGCGUGCAGACUCUGACUCCCCAAUAUCACUCCAGCAAAGCUCUCCCUCUUCUUCCACUGUCGGAUAUGAACAGCAUGGCAACAGUCCAGUGGGUUUGGUCAAGGACUCUGAAUCUGGACACACACUGGAUAACACAGAGGCUGACUCUGCUCUCUUCACUCAGCUGGAGCUCCUCCACCAGGAGUGCCAGGAGAAAGAAGCCCUGAUCAACAAACUCAGUGAGCAGCUUGCCGAUUGGGAAGAGCUCCACGCUCAGCUUAAGGAAAAGGAACUGCUUAAUCACCAAUAUGUCGAGGCAUUGCAAGCUGCAGAAUCCACUAUUGCCUACCUGACUGCCUGCAGUCUGGACAGCCAGGGAGGAUUUGGCUCCCACACCAGCUCAGGAGCAGGGUCCGUCUCUGUGGGUGCAGAUGCUGCCCUCCACAGUCGAUGCGUGGAGCUGCAGAAAGCCCUACAGGACAAGGAGGAGUUCAACGACCAGCUUAUAGAGCUUCUGAACAUGGCAGAGAAAGCCAUCACUUCCUCUGACAGCCAAGCAAAGAAUCCGGAAAUCAGUGACCUUUGCUUAAAGAUAGAAGACGCCUUACAGCAGGUGAAAUCAUGUUCAAAGAGAGAGGGUCCGAGAGAUGUAUCUGGAAGCACUGAUGACUCUAUGCAGGGGUUGCAACGUCACAUAGACUCUCUGCAGGAGGCACUGUGGGAGCAGAACAGGCUCAAUGCAGAGCUGAGAGAACAACUGAGAGAUGCUGCUGCACAACAGAGCCACAACAGUGCCGGUCAGGAGGGUAAAUGUUCAAGGCAGAGAACAGCAGAAAAGGGGUCGGAGGAACACCAUGGGGACAGUUCUGUUAAUUCUAUAAAUCAGGGUAUAACAAAAUCUCUAAUGAACUGCCUUAGUGCAACAGAGUCUGCCAUUGCCUCUCUAGCAGAACACUGUACAAACCCCGGCUCCUUUACUUCUGCUAUAUCAUCACAGAUAAGCACUGACCUGCAGAUCAAUUUAGACAAACUUCAGAGAGCCCUGCAAGAGAGGGAAGAGCUGUGUGAAUCCACCCAGCCAGCCACCAAAUCGUGCAGCAAUUUGUCCACUGCUUCGUGUGGAGCAAAGGGACAACUUCCCAGAGACCUCCAUCAAAACCUCUGUCUCCUCUACAAGGUCUUCGCUGACCUCUCCCACAGGAUUCCUGAACUGCAGACUUCCUUACAGGAGGAGAGGGGCCGCAGAGAGGAGGGCGAGGCUCACAGGACAGCGCAGGACUGCAAAGGAUUACCACCGAACGUCCAGGUUCAGCUGGAGACUCUCCACAAGGCACUGAGGGAGAAGAAGAAGGCAUGUAAAAACCUGGAGGAGAAACUGGCCACUGCUCUUACCGAGACGAGCUCAGCUGAAACUGUACGGAAAGCUCUGGAGCAGGAUGACAAAGGCGUGCAGGUGGAUUUGCAAGACCUGGGUUACGAAACCAGUGGCAAGAGUGAGAACGAUAGGGAAGAGAGCAGUAGCACAGAUCUAGAGGUCGGUGUGAACCCAAGUUGCAGUGCCUCUAGCCUGCCUUCCCUGCUGAAACAUGAACAGGCAACCUUCUCCUCUACUGAAAACCUGGACUCAACCUCCAGCACCUCGUACCCGAGCUCCCCAGCUCUCAGCUCAGCCAAGGUCAGUCUGAAAAGCCUGCAGGUCUAUGAUGAGUACGGCGUUUCUGAAGACCCUCUCCAGCUUCAGGCGCAAGUGCGAGAGCUGAAGGUCCAGCUGGAAAACCAAACCAAACUCGUCCUCCAAAUGCAAAACCUUUUGCGUAGGAACUCCCUCUCCAGUGACCAUGUUGCCAACACCUCUGACCCCUCCGUUGUCAUCAAGGAUCAAGAAGGGACACGGAAGUUGAGCCAAGAUAGGAGCUACAGAACUGGGCAGCAAAGGGAGAAAAAGGAGGGAGAGAACCAGGCGAUGAGGGAUAAAACCAUCCGUCUCAAUAUGGAACAAGAAAGAGAGAGGACGCUGAACAGAAGCACAACUGAAAAGCUGCCACAGACACGCAGUCGCUCUACAUCACCUGCUCGACUGGACUCCCUGGUACAGUCGCAGGCCCGGGAGCUGUCACAACUGAGGCAGCAGAUCAAGGAGAGCCGCGGACUGGGAGCCCUGCAGCGCCGUCAGCUGGAGGAGCUGAGCAAGGCCUUCAAGGAUCUGCUGCAGGCCAGCGAAGUCGACUUCUACAUGGGGGAGGUGGUCAAAGAGCAGCUGGAAGGGAGCCUGAGUCUUCUGGACAGGCUGGAGGGACGACUAGACAAAGGAGAGUCUCAUCUGGAUAAUGAAGAUGUGGCGGCUCUGGAACUGUCUCGCAGUAUAACUGAUGUGGGCAGUGAGGAGAGCAUGCCAGAUCAUCCUAACAGCCCAGCUAGAAUCCAGCAGGAGUUAGAUCAUCUGCGUUUGGAGCUAGAGGGGGAGAGAGAAUUGCUGCAGCAGAGCGUCAGCGUCCUCGUCCAGCACAACCUCACCCUGGCUGAAUGCACCAGGGAGCAGCUGGACCUGUUUGCGAAAGAGCUGCAGGAGAAGAACCGUCUCAUCCAGAGCCUGCAGAAUCAGUUCAGAGGCCAAAGUUCCAGCAGCCACCACAGCUCUCACUCUGAUCUGUACCACUCUGACAGGACCUCCUCCUCCUGCCAUAGCCCGCACAGUGGCAGUCGAGCUCAGAGUUUAGGCCAUCGACACCCCUCUGAUUGGAUGGGAGCAGCCGUUCCUCCUGUAGGUGGAGCUCAGGUGGACAGUGUGUCCAGUCACAGACUGCAGGGCCUGCAGGAGCAGCUAAGGAGCAGUGAGGAGCUCAACACCACCCUGCGCAGUGAACUGGACCUGCAUCAAUCAAUUAUGGCUCAGAGCAGCUCGCACCAUCAGAAACCGGAUCAAGGCCAGGAUCAGGAGAGGUCAGGGCCUCGGACAGACGGACAUAAAGUAGAUGGAGACGCUGCAGCAAAGAAUGCUGCAGAGCAGCCUCGUACGAUGAAUUCAGACCUGCUGGCAGAACAUUUGCAGGAGAUCCGAGCUUUGCGACAUCGCCUGGAGGAGAGCAUCCGCACUAACGACCGGCUCAGGGAACAGCUGGAGAAGAGACUAGCCGAGGUGGAGAAAGACCCAGCUACCAACAUCUUCAUCCACGGCAAUGAGGAGCAGGGUCAUCUGGCUAAUGAGGUGCGAUUUCUCUGGGGACAAAAUCAAGCCCUGAAGGAACAGCUCAACCUUGGGUCUAGAGACAAGCAAAAGGAGAACGAAAAGCUGCGGGAGACUCUGGCCAGACGGACCGCCAAACUGGAGCAGAGCAGGAAGGAGUCUGAAGCACUGAGGCAGGAAAAUAGGCGACUUCUGGAGAUGCUGGAGCUCAGCAGCCAAGAAAACUCCAAAUUGCAGGAGUCACUGCACUGCAGCAAAGAGGAGCUUCAAAGGCUGCAGUGUGAGGUGAAGCUCCAGAGGCAGCAGCUGUCCGACUCCCAGCAUCUCCUCAAAUCGCUGCGAGUGGAGCUGCAAGUUUAUGAGAAGAUCAAGACUGAUGCGCAGAAACACAACGAUUCCAGUGAGACGACCCAGGAGUCAGCCUCCCGUCCCGCCGGCUCACUGGACCUGAGCGAGCUGCUGUCAGAGAUCCGACACCUGCGGCUGCAGCUGGAGAGGAGCAUCCAGACCAACACGGCUCUGCGCCAGAGACUGGAGGAGCAGCUGCUCCGAGGACCCAACCGCUCGGAGACCAUCAACAUCAACUACCUGCUCUCCUCUCCGGAUGAAGGGGGCCGGUCACCAGGUCGCGAAGGCGUUGAUCUCCGUCACUCGUUUCAGUCUUACAAUGAAUACACCAGUGUCCUCCAUGAUGAGAAGCGCCACGCUCGUUCAGAGGUGGGCGGUGGCUCCUUAAGCAGCAGCUCUGGCGACAGCAGCUCCAGCGCUCCCUCUCGCCUGGUGCCGGGCCACAGAAUGUGGGCCAAUCGCAACGGCCGCCACGUGCUGGGCCUGAUAGAGGACUUCAACGCCCUGCGCAAGCAGAUCUCAGAGGGACGCAAGCUGUCACGUGGCAUGGACACACAGCUGCAGGAGUGUCUGCACAACAAGGUGAUAGAGCAGCAGCAUGUGAAGAGUUUGUCCAGCAGCAUGAACACCAUGCAGCAAGUGUUAGAGGAGGCCGGUCGACUGCUCAAACUGGUGUGGAGGGUCUCUCUGCCGGCUGCUUACACAGCAGGGGACAGUAGCAACAACCAGCAGGACGAGCUGCUGAAAAAUGAGAUCUCCCGACUGAAGAGCAGACUGUCGCAGCAGGAGCGGAUGCUGAGCGGCGCCGUGAAACGCCUCCGCACCACCAACCAGCUCAAAGAGGGAAUGGAGAGGGUCAUCGUGGAUCAGCUGUCUCUGACCCACGGAGUGUUAAAGAAAGCCCGGGGGAACUUAGAGACUAAUUACUGUGCCCUCCUCGGCCUGAAAGGCCUGUCUGGAGGAGCAGACGAAGGAGGUCCCAGUCAGUGGCCAGUAGGGGGCACAAGAGACCCCGACUCCUCCGAGGAUCACUACAGUGACGCCUCUCUGCACUGCAGCUUCUAAACCUGCUGCUCCUCAAAGUUCAGGCAUUACCCUACUGUAACACCGUCACCUUACGCUCCAGACAGCAAAGUUUUUUUUAUUGUUUUAUAUUUGCACAAAACCUGUAAUUUGAUUAAUUUUAGGUACUGAAGUUGUAAAAGUUUCUUUUAAAAUAAGAUGCCUUUGUAAAUAGUAUUUCCCUGGAAUAAUUUUGGGUUAUUCUUUUUAUAUGAUGUCAGAACAUGAAAUUGUAUUUUAGACCUGACUUGUUUCCGCCCGGCCGUUUGUGUAUAGGAAGGUUCAGGGCCACUGUGUCGAGGGGAGAAUCAUGUGCUCAUGCAGUAAAGAAAAACUUAAAUGGUGAAACAA